UGUUACAUUACAUCAAAACUAAACUCCAUGUUAUUAAGUAGAAAGUUUUGCACAGAAGAAAAAUUAGCUAUGAGAAGACACAAAAGGCAAUUAUGUAGUGAACCUAAUCUGCACGAUAGGUGUUUGUUAAAAUUUCACUAUGAAUGUAUGUGUGUGUGUGUGUGUGUGAGAUUCUAAUGAUUUCAGUACGGUCAAGAAAGCAGUGUAAUGAUAAGCAAAAUGCCACACAUGCAUUAUGCACAUAUAUUCUGAGUGAAAUAAAUUAUAGUACAACACUUUAGAUUCUUCAAUUACUGUUGCCACCACCACCUUAGACUUAAAAAUAGAAGAAAUUGUAAACUGAUUCCCUUCGUUUCAAUGUGGCAGUGUUGGUUUCAACAUUUUUUGCAUAAAGUUUAACAACAACACUCCACAGUCACAUGGUAAAUUCAGUGAGCUAAAGUUGUUUUCAUCUGUGGGGUUUUUUAUGACAUUUGAGUUGUUUUUAAGGCCAUGGCUUCUUCUUGGAGUCCAAAACAUGAGAAGAUGCAGAAGAGUUUGAGUACACAGUUAGCUGUGGCAGUAAGAAGUGUUCAAUGGAGUUAUGGAAUUUUCUGGGCACCUUCAACAACCCAAGAAGGAGUGCUGGAAUGGAGGGAAGGGUACUACAAUGGAGACAUUAAGACAAUGAAGACAGUGCAAACAACAAUGGAGAUCAAGAAUGACAAAAUUGGAGUUCAGAGGAGUGAGCAGCUGAAGGAACUGUACAAGUUCCUUCUUGUUGGUGAAUCUGAUCCACAAACAAAAAGGCCUUCAGCUGCAUUGUCUCCUGAGGAUCUUUCAGAUUCUGAGUGGUAUUAUUUGGUUUGCAUGUCCUUUGUGUUCUAUCCUAAUCAAAGUUUGCCUGGUAGAGCACUAGAAAUCGGCGAAACGAUAUGGUUAUGCAAUGCUCAAUAUGCAGAUAGUAAAGUUUUCUCUCGUUCUUUACUUGCAAAGAGUGCAUCAAUUCAGACUGUGGUGUGCUUUCCCUAUCUAGGGGGUGUUAUUGAGAUUGGUACAACUGAACUGGUGCCAGAGGACCCUAAUCUUAUUCAACAUGUGAAGGCUUGUCUCUUGGAAUUCUCAAAGCCUAUUUGCUCUGAUAAAUCUUCAUCAGCACUCAAUAAGCCUGAUGAUGACAAACUUCAACCAUGCUCCAAUGGUGAACAUGUUUUGGUUGACACAAAGGUUUUGGAGUACUCAUGUUCCCCAGCUGAAGAAAUCAAGCUUGAUCAAGAUCCUAUCAAGGAACUGCAAGAAGAUUCCAACAUGGAUUCUCCUGAUGGAUGUUCUAAUGGUUGCGAGCACAACUGCCGUGUUGGAGAAUCGAUGGUUGAGGCAAUCAAUAAUGGAGGGCCUUCUUCUCAAGUUCAUUUCAUGGAUGAUGAUGAUGCCUUGAGCAAUGGUGCACCUGAUUCCCUGAGUUCUUGUGAUUGUCUAUCCGAGGCGUCCGAGAACCGGGGAAAGGCUUCAAAGGAUGUUCAACUAAUCAGGGGAAUUCAAAGCUUCAAUCAUUUGAAUAGAAGUUCAUUGGAUGCAGCAGCAAGUGAUGAACACUUGAGCUACACAAGAAUACUCUCUGCUCUUCUUGGGAGAUCAUCGGCUUUCAAGCAGAAUCCGUAUGCUAGUAACUCAAAUUGCAAAUCAAGUUUCGUGAAAUGGAAGAAAGGAGGAAUCUGUGAGCAAAAUCGGCUGCGGUUGGAGCAAAGCUUGUUGAAGAAGACUCUGUUUACUGUCCCUCUUAUGCAUAGGAGUUUCUCAUCUAUCAAAUCAAUGAAAGAAAAUGAGACAAAAGAAUGGACUAAUAGAUUGGAAAAUGCUGAUGACAAGUUCAGGGAAAAUGUCCUAUCUGAUAAAAUAAGAGAAACUGGAAACUUUAAGAUUCUCAAGUCUUCAAUUCCUCAUCCUAUAAGUGAGGUGGAGAAGAUUUCGAUCCUAGGUGACACAAUUAAGUACUUGAAAGAGCUUGAGACAAGAGUGGAAGAACUAGAAUCUUACAUGGACAUGGCGGAUUCAGAAGCGAGAACCAAAAGAAAAUGUCCAGAUAUGCUAGAGCAGAUAUCAGAUAACUAUGAAGCCAGAAAGGUUUACAAUAAGGGAAUGAGGAAGCCCUGGAUGAUGAACAAGAGAAAGGCUUGUGACAUUGAUGAAAAAAACAUAGAAGAAAUAGACAGAUUUGUUGUGUCUAAAGAAGAUAAUAAUAAGCCAUUGGAUGUGAAGGUUAACAUGAAGGAGCAAGAGGUUUUGAUUGAGAUGCAAUGUCCUUAUAGAGAAUAUAUAUUGCAUGAUAUCAUGGAUGCUAUUAACAAUCUGCAUUUGGAUGCUUACUCAGUUGAGUCAUCAACAACUGAAGGUGUUCUUACAUUGACACUUAAAUCCAAGUUUCGAGGCACAGCGACUGCGCCGCUGGGGAUGAUCAAAGAAGCACUCUGGAAAGUGUCUGGAAAUCUAUGACUCUGUCCAUUUGGAUUUCUUCUGAGUAUUGAAUAUUUCUUAUUGUGUUAGUUACUUCAACUUGGUAACUCCAUGACUAUGGUUUGCUUCCUAACAAGUGUAAUAUUAUGAUCUGAGACAUUAUUAUUGUUCUUAGUUGCAAACUUUGUUACACUUGUAUGAGUUCAAUUGUUCAAUUUAGU